CGUCCGCGAACGAGUUCCGCUGUCCCCGUGGUCCCCGAGGCUGGCUCCAGGCUCCUCCGCGGGAAGUGCGGGUGCCGACAUGCGCCCCCUGCUUGGCCUGCUCCUGGUUUUCGCUGGCUGCACCUUCGCACUGUACUUGCUGUCGACGCGACUGCCCCGCGGACCGAUACUGGGCUCCGCCGAGGAGGCUGGAGGCAGGUCACUGUGGUUCCCCUCUGACUUGGCUGAGCUGCGGGAGCUCUCUGAGAUCCUUCGAGAUUACCGAAAGGAGCACCAGGCCUAUGUGUUCCUGCUCUUCUGCAGUGCCUACCUCUACAAACAGUGCUUUGCCAUCCCUGGCUCCAGCUUCCUGAAUGUUUUAGCCGGUGCUUUGUUUGGGCCAUGGCUCGGGCUUCUGCUGUGCUGUGUGUUGACCUCAGUAGGUGCCACGUGCUGCUACCUGCUCUCCAGGAUAUUUGGCAAACAGCUCGUGGUCUCCUACUUUCCUGAUAAAGUGGCCGUGCUUCAGAGUAAGGUGGAAGAGAACAGAAACAGCUUGUUUUUUUUCUUACUGUUUUUGAGGCUUUUCCCCAUGACGCCUAACUGGUUUUUGAACCUGUCGGCCCCAAUUCUGAACAUCCCCAUUGUGCAGUUCUUCUUCUCUGUUCUUAUCGGUUUGAUCCCCUACAACUUCAUCUGUGUGCAGACAGGCUCCAUCCUGUCAACUCUUACCUCUCUGGAUGCUCUUUUCUCCUGGGAAACUGUCUUUAAGCUGUUGGCCAUUGCUCUGGUGGCCUUAGUUCCUGGAACCCUCAUUAAAAAAUUUAGUCAGAAAGACCUGCAUUUGAAUGAAACAAGCAACGCCAAUUAUCUAAAUAGUAGAAAGGACACGUGAUCUGGAAUUUUUGGUUGCUCUGUCUUUGGACUCUAUUGCUUAUUUGUGUAAUGGGCGUGGUCCUCUACAGCCCCUCAUUGUAUUUUAAUUACCCUCAUCAGGUGAUUUGGACACUUGUCUAUGUGUAGUAUUUGUUAUAAAGGACACUGUACUCUAAAAGGUGAAUCAUAUCAGGCUCUCAAAUCAGCCGUGGUUUAGCAAGACAAUGUGAAAUGGAUGGCUUCUUCAAAAAAUCCUGUUCACAUUUUGUUGAAUAACAAAGAACUCAGGAUAAUGUUGUAUUUGCCUCUUGCCAAGCCCUGAGCUGCCUCUAGAGACUGUCCUUGUUUAGAGUGCCUCUUUUGAAAGUGAUAGGCUGUUGUGACAGGUGUUUUCCUAUUAAGUCCCUGGCGUAUGUUAUUAGUGUAAAUGAUGACGUGUGAACCCACAUCACUGACAUCACUCUUCAUCUGGUUAGUCUCCUGAAGAGUGUUUUUUUUUGUACUUUUGCUGAUGACCUACCUCUUCCACAACCAAGGGAAAGAAGCUGACAAACUGCUUAGAACCUCCACGUACAGCUCAAUGCAGUGAUUUCUGUGAUGCUCUUUGUGUUCAGAGAUGUUACUAUAUAUGUUACAUUUCCUCUUGGUUGCAUGUCCUGACAAGCUGGUUGCAAACAGACUAUUAAAUAUGAAUAGAACAAACUCUGUAUGUUAUGGAUAUGUUCUGGAGAAAUUCUUAUCCAUCUAGACAGAGAAGGGCCCUUGACGCACUUGAAUCAAAUGACCAGUAUAUUUUCUAAUCUGUCCUUUAUGUGUGAGAAUCUCUUCCCCCGUCUUCCUGCUAGGAGUGUGGAUUCAAUACCCUCAGGUAUUAGCCAGUGUACCCUCUAAAUGUUUUUCAAUUUGUCAUUUGCCAAGAAUAACAGGAAUAAUUAUAUUUUAUCUUUUAAUUCAAAGAGGAAAACUUGGUUUGGAGUUUCUUUGUUGUGUUUUAUAUCAGUUAUCUGUAGCUGUCAUUGCUUCCUUCGCUGCAGUGUUGAAUUGGCACAGACCUGGGUUGAUGCUUCCAGGGACAGGAGGACCUGGCACCUUAACUGGCCAGCUCUGGGAUCCUGUACCCAUCAUGUAGGAGUAGCUCAUCAUGUCCUUGGGCAUGAUCUGCUGGGUUUCGAUCUGGCUUAGCCAAGAAUCUUGCCAAAGCUUUAACCUAGGCCAUGGGUUCUACGUGAAUUCUUGGGAAUAUUCCUUUUUGGGAAGAAUGAAUUCCCAAGCAUUGUUUUUUUUUGGACAUGGUAUGAUCCAAAAAGCACAAUAAGGACUUAAUUUUAAAGAUGCGUUGCUUUAAAAGCUUGCUAACAAGAGGAGGUGAGGAGGAGGCCAACUGGACUUUGAAAUCCUUGGCUCUUGGUGUUAUGGAGUAGGGGUAAGUGGGGAGAAACAAGGAAGCUUUCCACACUGUUUCACGUGUGCCCUCUAUCAGGAUCCUUAGAUUGUUUCCCUCCCCUAUGAUCUUGCACCAAUGUGCCUUAUCAGUUGUGAGUUUAAAGGCAAAGCAAUUUCCCUAAUAAAUGGAUGUAAACGUUC